CACAGCCGCGGCUCCGUGCCCGCCGCGGGACGCGGGGUCGCCGGCGGCGACGGGCAACAGCCCCAGCCCGUCCCGUCCGGGCUGCCCGGAAACUUUCCCGGAGCGCGGGGCAGAUCAGAUGAAGCUACAGAUGACAUGACCAAAGUCAAAACAAUGCAUGAAGUGAUGAGAAACAGCACUCAGAACUUUAGCUUCUUCGUUGCUGGAAACCCUAAGUGCAACUUUACUACCAAGAGACCCUGAUUUUAUGUGAUCACUGAGUACAGUUUGCAAGAAUGGAAAACCAAAGGAAAACCAAAACUAGUAGCAUCUCAUAAAUAAAAGAUUUCAAGAUUCAGCUGAAUCAAAAAAACUAUUCCAGCCAUGGGAGAAAAUGCAAGUUUUUGGGAAAGUCUGAUAUAUGCACAUCCUACAUGUACCAGCUGGAAGCAAGAGGCAGAGGGAUCUAUCUACCACCUAGCCAGUAUUUUCUUUGUCGUGGGCUUCAUGGGUGGAAGUGGAUUCUUUGGGCUCCUCUACGUCUUCAGCUUGCUCGGACUGGGCUUUCUCUGCUCUUCUGUUUGGGCUUGGCUGGAUGUGUGUGCUGCUGAUAUAUUCUCCUGGAACUUUGUACUGUUCGCCAUCUGCUUCGUCCAGUUCGUUUAUGUUACCUACCAGGUGCGGAGUGUUGCCUUUGACAGGGAAUUCCAGGAACUCUACAGUGCUCUCUUCCAGCCUCUGGGGAUUUCCUUGACUGUGUACAGGAAGAUUGUCCUGUGCUGUGAUGCAGAAGUGGUUACACUGGAGAAGGAGCAUUGUUAUGCCAUGCAGGGCAAAACACCUAUUGACAAACUGUCCUUGCUUGUGUCAGGCAGGAUCAGAGUGACAGUUGAUGGGGAGUUUCUGCAUUAUAUUUUUCCUCUUCAAUUUCUGGACUCUCCUGAAUGGGAUUCACUGAGGCCCACAGAAGAGGGAAUUUUCCAGGUAACACUCACAGCAGAGACAGACUGUCGGUACGUGGCCUGGAGGAGAAAGAAGCUCUACCUGCUGUUCGCCAAGCACCGCUUCAUCUCCCGCCUCUUCUCCAUCCUGAUCGGGAGCGACAUCGCCGAGAAGCUGUACGCGCUCAACGACCGGGUGCACGUGGGCCAGGGCUUCAGGUACGACAUCCGCCUGCCCAACUUCUACCACGUGGCGCUGCCGGAGCCGCCCCCGGUGCUGCCGCCGCCGCGCCCGCACCGCCUGCAGCGGGGCUCGCCCCGCCGCCCGCCCGCCGCGCCCGCCAACUGCGGCUCCUUCCUCGCCCCCUCCUAGGCAGGGACAGCCCCUGCCCCAGGCACUCCUCACCGCGCCGGAGGGAAACGGGAGCUGGCGGGGCAGAGGGACAGAAGCAGACGAAGCCAAAUUUGACUGACAAGUGCCAUUAACUGUUAUAAGUAGAAAAGCUGCUCAUUUUUUAAAAAGGUUGCAGAGUUCACAGGUUGGGCUAGUUGCUGCCAGGGUGGAGUUCUAAGCGUUUUUUAUUGUAAUCACCUGUGGUUUUCAUUAACUACCUAUCGUUGAUGGUUAAGAAUUCCCCCUUUUGUCGAGUGGCAUCCUGCUGUUUCCUGGAGGAUGGCAUCCGGAAGGUGAAGAGGAGGUGACCUCGGAGUUAGCAUGGAAAUUAAAUCAGAGCCAGCAUGCAACGAGAGAAGCCCCUCACCAAACCUAGCCAAAAACCCCUAAAAACGAGCCAACACAAAAUUGACAAAUCAAAGUGAUGACUAGAUGUGAGGAAGAGAAUCUAAUAUCUGCUAAGACCGUUUUUUACCCCUCACCCUAACCUAAAAGAUAUCGGCUAGACAGAGGACCUCAAAUGUUGAACCAAAAAGCGCAGGAUCUCCCGAUGCUGGGGUGAGAAUGGAACCCCCAGCUCUGCCCACAGACCAGGGGACAAAGUUGCACUCUUCCUCCUCCUCAGUCACUUCUGGGAGCACUGGCGUGAGCGUGAGUUGGGUUCUCCCCACCCAACUGCAUUUUGACUGUCUGUGCAAUAUGUUUACUUUCUGUUGAUACUCCUUCAUCUCUUUUGUUUUGGAGUAGAACAAAUCAUAACAGUAUGAGGUCUUAUUGCAAUUGUGAUGGCCUCUGUUGGUUGUUUUUUUUUUUUUUUGUUUUGUUGUUGGUUUGUUGUUUUUUUUAAUGCAAGCCCAUUGUAAUUAUAUUUUCCUAAAAAAAUUUUGUCACAAUGAAGUAUGGUCAGAAUAGUCAAUGAAAACAACCAAGUUGUCUUCAAAACAUAGCAACUGGUUUAUAAUGUUCUUUUUUAUGCCAUGUGAACAUUCUCUCAAUUUACAUUAAUAAUGUUGCACAAAAAAAGACCAAGAAAUGAUUGCAUUGAGUUUAUUUCUUAAAGAAAUGAAAGAUUUUGAAAUGCACAGCAAGAUGGUUAAAAACCCAAACAAAACAACAAAUUGUGUCCCAUGAGUAAUUAGUUUCUCUCUGACUGUCCUUAAGAGGUAAUACGUGAAAACAAACAUAAGCGUCAUUGCUGGCAUUAGAAAAAUGCAAGAGCUGUGACUGCUGCAAACACAGCUUAGGGAAAUAUUGUGUAGCAUUUCUGAUGGAAUGUGAUGCUAUAGGACCUGGGAUUCUGCAGUGUCAGUGCCCUUUGUGACAUGUACAAUAAAUAAUGUUAAUCAAUCUACUGCCAAACCAUUGGAGUUUGUUUUAUAAUAUUCCUUUUAACUGUGUUUGUCGGGAAGAGACUAAAACAGCUGCAGCAAUAAAUACAAUUUUUAACUGACACAUUCUUGUUUAGCUUCCAGAGUCACUUUUCUGUGCCUAUGAAACUCUUGAUUCAAAAGAUGUUCUCUCCCUAAUUCUGUGGUGGUUUAAUGACAUAAGGGAGCCUCAGAUUGCACUUCAGUAGGAGAGAGUUCGUUCCGACCCUCGGGGUCACUGUGCCUUUGAAGAAAAGUGUCCAAAUGUCUUUGCUAACUCACCUUCCUGCUGCUCUGCCUGAUGCCUGCCAGUAAUCAAAAAGUAAGAAGCAUUACUAUUUUAUGAGAAUGGAUUGCUGCUUGAUAUGUCUGGAAGUAGAUAAUAAUUUUAAUAUUUUAAAAUUGCUGGCUUGUUUGAUAGGAUGACCCCUGUGUGCUUCUCUAUGUGUGGGUAUACAUGUAAGUUCAGAUCUUGUGAGUUGUUUCUGGAGGACUUAAAAUGAUGAUACAAUCUUACACUUGGAGGAUAAUCAUGCUGUAUGUAUAAAAAAGCUAUUAGGAGUGAGGUGAAACACGACCUGUUUGAAGGACAUUUAGUGUAGAGCAGAUAAGAUUGUACAAGUUUUGCUUUUAGCUUUAUGUUGCUUCCUCUGAGAGGAAAACCAGCCAGACAUAAAUACCCCAGAAUGCAAUGUGAUAAUCCCCAAAUCAUUCUCAUAACCCUUCCAGGCAGUGUAUUCUGUUUGUACUGUUUAAUGCAUGAAGUCCCUGAGACACGGAGCUACUUUGUCUUGGCUGAAAGAAAAUUGGAAAAAAUGCAAACAGUUCACUGAUGGCUCUAAAUGACCUCUUCAGAUGAUAACUAAGGCACAAAGUGCCAGAGGUUGGCAGCAUGCUGUAAGGAUGUACAUCUGUGUAACAGUCUACAAACAUAAAAAUAUUUUAAAUGCAUAAAAGAGAUCUUAUUCUAGACUUAGGUGUAAUAGAAAUAAUUUAUUAGUGUU